UGAGAGUGAAACUUGGGAGGGAGAGGAAGAAUGAGGCAAGCCAUUGAAUGAUGUUAUCUGGAGGCACUUGUCUGAGUUUUACAAUGCUUGCUGAAGGAGAGAGGGUUUUAUCUGGUCUGUGGAGUUUUGAAACCAAGGGGCCCAUCCUUUGGAGCUUUUAAUCCACAAUUCUUUGUCACAGGGAUUCUACAAAAGGGAGAGUUUCAAAAAUAAAGACAUGGAUAUUGGAGGUUUGGAGACUGUGGUGGCCAACUCGGCCUAUGUGUCAGCACGCGGGAGUAUAGACAGUGCUGCCGCAGCAACUAUGCGUGACAAGAAAUACCGCACCAAGCUCAACCUGCCACACAUCAGACAAUGUGAACAUAUGAAGACUACGGUGGAUUCUUCCUUCGACAGUAUGUGUGUACGCCAAUCGAUUGGUAAGCGCCUCUUUCAGCAAUACCUUGAAAGCGAACCUGCUCACAAGAAUUCUGUAGAUUUGUGGAAAGACGUUGAAGACUACAACGUUGCCCAGGAAAAUGACAGAGCUAAGAAAGCACAGAAGAUGGUCAACAAAUACUACGAGUCUUCCUCCAAGAACUUCUGCGACUUCUUGGGGGACAAAACUGUGAGCAGGGUAAAAGAGGACUACAAGAACAUUCGAGGAGAUCUGUUUAAAGAGAGUGAAAAGCAGCUUCUUGUCCAACUGGAAGCUAAAGCACUCAAUGGCUUCAAGGACAGCAUGUACUUUCUGCGUUACGUACAGUUUAAAUGGCUGGAGAGCCAGCCUGUUGCUGAAGAUUGGUUCAUGGAUUUCAGAGUGCUUGGGAAAGGCGGAUUUGGUGAGGUCCAUGCUUGCCAAAUGAAGGCGACAGGGAAGAUGUAUGCCAACAAGAAACUGAACAAGAAGAGGUUGAAGAAACGUAAAGGUUAUGACGGUGCUAUAAUUGAGAAGCGCAUCCUGGCUAAAGUGCACAGUCGUUUCAUUGUGACCCUGGCCUAUGCUUUCCAGACCAAAAUUGACCUCUGCCUGGUCAUGACCAUCAUGAAUGGUGGAGACCUCAGGUGUUACUUAUAUCUCUUUGUUUGAAAAAUGUGUAUGUUUAUGUGUGUGAGUGUUUGUGUGUACAUGUCUGUACUUGUACAACUAUCUUUCUGAGAGCCAGUUUGAAUUUUAGACCAUAGCAGUGAGGACCAAGAGAGUAAAGUGAGAACAUUUCGGCUGGUCCUUAGGUCCCCCUUUAAAGGGCUGUUUAAUGGUAAAGACUUGGUUUUAUGGUCAAGGUUAUAAUUAGGUUAAGGUUUGGGUUAGGGUAAGGGUUAGGGUUAGUCACUUAGUUGUGAUGGUUAGAGUAAGGGUCUAUUGCAUUGUGUCAAUUAAUGUCCUCACAAAGAUACCUGUACAAAUGUGUAUGUAUGUGUCCCUGGUAUUCACUACAUUAUGGGGACCAAAAGUCAGCA